CCAUCUGCAGCUCAUCAAUCGGCUUGCUUGGGUCAGGGAUUGCGCUUGCUGCCAACAGCACCUGUUUCUCACAAGCAUUCAGGAGCAGGGCAUAUCAGGAAAGAUGAGGCUGACUGCAGGUGCAAUUGCACUGCUUGCUGCGACCGUAGCUACGGAACCAAUCCCACGUGCUGUGAAUGCACCCACUGUCGAUCUUGGUUACGCGGUCUAUCAAGGAAGUCUCGAUGCCGCCAACAGCAUUAAUGCUUUCAAAGGCAUUCGUUACGCUGCACCACCGCUCGGCAAACUGAGGUUCGCUGCACCUCAAGCUCCAGCGAAAAACAGGACUUCGGUCAUCCAUGCUACCAGCAACCCACCGUUUUGUCCACAGACUGGUGCUUCAUCAGAGACACCUGCCGCAUAUGGAUUCACUUCGGCCCUCGGAAACGAGGAUUGCCUCUUCUUGAACGUGUAUGCGCCCGCCAACGCCAAGAACUUGCCCGUGUUCUUCUGGAUUCAUGGCGGAGGUUACGGGCUAUUCAGUGCUACUGGCCUUGACCCCACCGAGUUCAUGAAGCAGAACAACAACGGGUUCAUCAGUGUCAUCAUCCAGUACCGCUUAGGUGCCUUCGGCUUCCUCUCUUCUGAAGAUGUCAAGAAGGGAGGCGCACUCAAUGCUGGUUUACUCGAUAUGAACUUCGCUUUGCAGUGGGUCCAGCAGUAUGCUAGCAAGUUCGGUGGCGAUGCAAGCCGAGUUACGAUCGCUGGUGAGAGCGCCGGUGGCGCUGCAGUUUUGUAUCAGAGCAUGGCUUAUGGUGGCAAGCAGAAAGAAAAUCUAUUCCAGAACGUCAUCACUGCUAGCCCCUGGAUCCCAUUCCAGUACAAGUACAACGACGAUCAGCCCUCUAAGGCUUACGAAGAUUUCGUUUCAGCGUCAGGAUGUUCAGGCUCGAAAGACAAACUGCAGUGUCUUCGCACUGCUGACACUGUCGUAGUCCAGAACGCCAGUGCCAAGGUCUCGGAGGCCGGCCCAUUCGGUACUUUUGCUUUCCUCCCGGUCACUGAUGGUUCAUUUGUACAGCAGACACCCAGUCAGCAGUUAGCCGGCAGGGCUGUCAAGGGUGUACGAGUCCUGUCCGGAAACAUGGCGAACGAAGGCGUUCCUCUCAGCCCGCCUACGACUCGCACUCUCAACGACUUCAGAAAGUACAUCGACAUUACCUUCCCCCACUUUACUAGAUCUCAAAAGACCGCCAUCGAAAAGCAAUACUCCUACGCAGGUGACACCCAAGACGUGAACCCAGCCGCUCCUCUCUUCGCAACAACCGGCACAUCCAUUCCCACAGCCGUCAAUCAAUCCACCUUUGGCACCGGCCAGCAACAGCGCGUCUUCAACGUCUUUGCUGAGUACGCUUUUGUAUGCAACAGCUACUGGGCCGCCUCAGCCUUCCCUAAGGCCUGGAAAUACCAGUUCAGUGCGCCGCCUUCUUAUCACGGAUAUGAUCUGCAGGCACUUUGGUCCGGCACGCCCACGCCAGGAGCGAGCUUCAAGCGCGCCUUCCGCAAGGUCUGGGGAAACUUCAUUACGAAAAACACGCCUGUGAUCUCCAUUGAGGACGCAAAGGGUGGUGUAGCAAACAGCACCGUACCAGCCGCGAGUGGAUACGGGAGCAAUAACAUCGACUGGCCGGCUUGGGACGCACAGAAGCCAGUGCUCAUGAAUCUGAAUGCAACUGGUGGCGUAGCGACCUUUGUCCAGGCCACAGCAGAUCUCUUCUACAAUGUAUACAGCGAUCCGGGAGUUAGCAAUCAGAUCAACCUGGCCAAUGCAAGGGACUGGGAGGGUGGACGUGGUAGGAGGUGCGAUUUCUGGAAGAGCGUAGCGAAAGACGUACCAUAUUAGAGUGCCUAGGUGCGAAGCAAGUGUUUUCAACGCAUGACGGUAUGUUAUGCAGCAGGGAGAA